AUGGUUUCAACACCUGAGCAAUCGCCUCUGCUUCCUCAGGGAUCGCCCGGCCGUAAGCCCCGGUCGCCCCUUGUCCCAAUCCAAGAAGACCCACAAAUAAGGCCUGCUGUCGUCGCCGCGAUUGUCUCCACAUGGAUUGCAACAUUUCUCGCGGCAGCGGACAGCACCAUCACCUCAACACUAUCUGCCACCAUCGCCUAUGAAUUUGGAUCCCUGGCCCUUGUAUCAUGGCUGGGCUCAGGUUACCUAAUUGGCCUUACAGCCACACAACCUCUCAGCGGAAAACUAAGUGAUAUCUUCGGCCGGCGCGUGACCUUUUGCGUCGCGUCGGGGUUAUUCACCAUCGGCAAUCUCAUCUGUGGCUUCUCUCAUUCGAAGAUAGUACUUAUUGCCGCGCGCGUUAUUACUGGCAUCGGAGGUGGUGGAUGCAUUUCCAUCGCGAGCUUCAUCGCAUCCGAUAAUAUUCCUCUUCAUCGUCGCGGUAUCUGGCAAGGUGUUGGUGCUGUCGUCUAUACCUCUGGUAUGGGUCUAGGAGCUGUGAUCGGUGGUGCAGUAAAUGAUGCUGCGGGCUGGAGAUGGGCGUUCAUUGGUAUUGCGCCGGUAUCACUCGUUGCCGGAUUAGGCGUUGCGACAUUUGUGCCAAACAACACCGAUGGCAAAGAGAACUUUAGGGAGAUGCUCGGUCGAGUUGAUUUUCUCGGUUCUGUGACUUUGGUGUCAUCUCUGGUUCUGCUAUUGCUUGGCCUCAAUCACGAUGGAAUCCAAGAGGGCUCACCUCUAUUUGUCGUUGCCAUUCCUCUUGGUCUCAUGCUUCUAUUGACAUUCAUCAUCAUUGAAUAUCGGUGGGCAAAAGAGCCAAUAAUUCCCCUCUCACUUUUCGGUCGACGGACUGUGGUUGCAGCGUGCUUGACAGCUUGGUUCAUGUCCAUGGCGUUUUAUGCGCUCACCUUUUAUGUUCCGCUAUAUCUGCAGAUGCUGGGACAUUCAACAAGCGAGACAGGCCUUUACCUUCUCCCCGACUCUAUCGGCGCCGGACUGGGAUCUUUCAUCGUUGGCUUGGUUAUUCGGGUAACCGGAGGAUAUGGAGUGUUCAGGUACACCAUGACACUUCUUCUGGUUAUUGCAUCGGCCGGAUUCACUGUUAUUUCACGAGAAACACAUUGGAUUCUGCCAGAAGUCUACCUGUUCUGCAAAGGAUUUGGAAUGGGUGGUGGUCUGACUAUGUUAAUUCUCGCAUUACUUCAUGCUGUCCCGCACGAGAAGCAUGCGACGGCCACCUCUGCCCUAUACGCUUUUCGAUCGACAGGGUCCACAGUGGGUCUGUCUGUUGCAAGUGCGAUUUUCAACUACCGGCUCAAUCUGGCUUCUUUGGUGAAUGGUAGUGCCUGUAUUGAAGGAGACGACUGUUAUUUGGACGCGCUUCACCAAGCCUUCCGAUUUGCACUGUAUCUCGCAUGUGCUGGUUUGGUCUCGGCUCUAUUUAUUCGUUCUUCUAGUACGAAGUCUCGACAGGAAGAUGGCGAAUAA